AUGCGCGUCCACCCGCCCUUCCUCCUGGCUGCUGCUACGAUCGCGAUGUGCACCCUGAGCGCUUCAGUGGUAAUCGGCUCUGAGAUGGCAAAAGCCGACCGCCAAACCACUAGACCUUCCCAGGUCGGUGGCCACAACACCGUCCACGACAAUCAGCGGCUGCAAACUACCCAUGCCACAGAUGGCGAAGAAAGGGCGCCUUUACCAAGUGGAGCAUCGUCGUCGCUCGAAGCGCAAGGAGAAAAGUUGACGAUGCUGCUGGGAGAAUUACAAUCCGUCGCAAACAACGCGCCAGUUACAGGAUCGCGGGCAGCACUACACGCAUUGGCCGUCUCCCGUUUUGAGGCAUUGGCCGUCCCCCGUUUUGAAGGAUAUGACUUAGUGAGUGAAACUUAUCCUGGGCUGCACAAAAACGGAGCGAAAAAGUUCUUUCGAAACGUAGAUGAUUGCUACGUGGUGAAAACGAUUCAAUUGUUUGGAAAGACGAUAACAGUCAGAGCACCAAAGGACCAUGUAGUGGCUCGCGUGAGAGAUCCUGAUGCAGAAAAAGUUUUCGGGGAGUUCAAACAAGCCCAUCCGUCUCCUGAUUUGUUCCAACCAAGCACAUUGGACCUCUUCGAGAACGUUGUUAAAAUUUUCAACGCGCGUCAUUCGAAAAAGUACACGUUACUGGACGCGCUUGUGAUCGUGUAUGAAGGUGAAGACAAUCUGGCGCCUGCUUUGUCAAAAGCCAAGACGGUUGCAAGUAGUAAAUAUACUGCAGCAGAUUUGCAGGAAGAGAUGAUGACGAUUUGGAUUCGCGAGAAGCGUUCUGCCGGUGAUGUUUUCAAUAUAUUGAAGCUCUAUGAGCUGGAAGCAAGAGGCUUGGACCGCGAGAACCUUGAGACGUUUGACGCAUUUCUCUAUUUGCAUCGCCGAAUAUUUUUUCACCACGUAAGGUAUCGGCUCCAGUUGGAUAUGGUCGGAUUUUUACGAUACAAGUUUGGGGACACUAAGCUCUUGCAGAUGAUUGAGAAAGAUAUGGAGCGUUCCGCCUACCCCAAGGAGCUGAUAAAAAGCUAUGUAAAGUUGUUGCGGGAUCACAAAAUAUCGUUCCGGGGCAUUGUUGGCGUAUUUAUUGAUGCGGGAUUCGCGGAUUCAACGGUGGUGGAAUUGAUGUCGGAAGGCUAUGGUGGUGUAGCUAAGUUUGCGCAAGCGUUAUCGAACGCUGAGGCCGAUCGAAGACAAUCGGGUUUCAAAGAUAGAAUUGAGAAAUUGCAAGCAGCUCUCAAAGUAUUCUUGCAAGAAGACAAGAAGAAAUCGUCUGGUGAUGUCAACAACUUGCUGGAGCCUUCCAAUCACGCGGAAAGCAGCCGUCCUUCUCCAUCUACUGACAAAGAGUCAGUCCGAAAGCGCCAGAAAACUAAAUGA